AUGCCUAUCGGACACGUUCUCAUCAGAGUCGCCAAGGCUGACUUUGCUCCCACCGUUCAGUUCUACACCAGUGCUCUCAAGACUCUCGGACUGAAUGUCCUUCCUGGCUUCCCAGAGGGUAUGGUUGGCUUUGGCACCGCUGGGCCUGAGUUUGUCCUGCUGUCCAGCGACAAGCCCGGCUACGCUCACGUCGCUUUCCAAGCAGCUGAUACCAAGGCAGUUGAUGCUUUCCACUCUGCUUCUCUUUCUGCCGGCGCAAAGGACAAUGGAGCUCCCGGAAUCCGAGCUGGAAUUCACCCUCAGUACUACGCUGCUUUCAUCCACGACCCUGUUGGCAACAACAUUGAGGCCGGCACUUUGACUUCCGCUUGA